AUGUCGGACAACCCAACCCCAAUCCAAGGGGAAAAGGGCGACCUCUACUGCCGCCCCACAACCGGGCUCGACGUCUGCAAGUUCUUCCUGCUCAACUACAUCCUGCACGCCUUCACCGUCAUCAGCGAGCCCGGCGCGGGCCCCAUCGCGAGCCUGUUCCACAGCGCGCUGGCGGUCUUCCUCCCGUUCUCGAGUGUCCAGUACUCGAGCUACGUCAUCUGCCAGAGCAUUGCGAGGUGUCGCAACGACCUGGAGAGGGCCGCGAAGGCGAGAGCGCUGUGUUUUCUGGUGCCGGCGAGGCUGAGGAGAGGGGAGCCGAUCUCGCCGGCGAUGACAACCGUGCAUGGUACGUUUCCGGUCCUCGAACACGUUGGUCGGAUGGCAGCCCCGGGAAGAAGCACCACCCCGAGUUCGGCCCGCGUUCCGGAGGCCCACGAAACGGCAGGUCAAUAUGAGCUAGUUCUUGUCCCCCGAUAUGCCCCCGUCGAGCCCUUCUUGCUGGAGGAAAGCGAAAGCACCGCCAGAACAACCGACGGUGCAGUUCGAUACAGGACCGCUGUCGCUAGUAACUCAAACAUCAUGAAGUCCGCAAUCGCAAUGCUCCAGAUCGGCUACGGCUCCUACGAGCUCUACGACGCCUACAAAGGACAACUGCAGCGGUUCGGCUACGCAUCGUACGCGCUGACGGUUAUCCCGUACAUCUUGAUGUCCCUCCUGAAUCUUACGGCGUCACUUUGUCAGCCGGGAUACAAUGCAAUGUUCCUUGUGCACUACCGCGGCGAGAGGGACUACGAGCAUGCUGCUGGUGUGCGCGAGCGGAAAUCGCCGUGGACAUCGGCGGGUGUUUCGGGACCGGAGGGGGAGGGUGGAGAAUCCUGCGUAGAGCUGGCGGCAGUAGGUGGGGUGUCUACUGGGCAAGGAGGCGGCGGCGGGGUGCGGGAACCGUGGAUGGUUGAUGCGGAGUCGAAGACGGCUGGCGCGGUUGGGCGGGUCUAUUCCCUCACGGAGGACGGCGUGCGGUCGUGGUUGAAGUACCAUAAGACCCUAGCGAUAAAGCAGACCCUCCUCGUCCUUACCACAUCGACCAUAUCAUUCAUCCUCCCCUACGUCACGAUUUACGCCAUGACCUCCUUCCACGCAGCCCAGAGCACCACCACAGAGCGCCUCUUCACCCUCAGCCAGCUCAUCAUCGGCCAGCUCAUCUGUCUCUUCGGCGACCACUUCACAGGGUCGCUCAGCCGCAGCGGGCGCACCCGUUUCCAGCUCCCGGAGCGGACGUUAGCUGUCAACGUCCCGCGAUUCCUGAGGAGAUACCUGUCGUGCGGUGCAGAGAGCUGGCGCGUCAAGUUUGCGUUCCCGAUUGCGUAUCGGUAUCCGUCCGCUGCCGAUUUGGAGUAUAUUUGGAAUCUGGGGUGGAGGAGGGUUUGUGUUUAUGUGUUUUGCUCGCUAAUGGCUGUGGCACCGGCGUUGGGUGGAGGACACUUGGGGGAAGGAGAGGAAAGAUGGUGGACUUCCACUGGUUUCCUUGAGUUCCUUUCGUUUCUUUUGUGUGGCACAGUCCAUAUUUCUCAACAUCCAAGUCACACGAGUAGCGAACGAAUGUGGAGCGGGUUUGUUGUUAUUUAG